AUGAAGGUAAACUACGCUACCAGCAACAAGAUGAGUUUGCGGUCUCAUCUCAAGCGCCUCAACUUGUUGUACAAUCGCACUGCCUACAACCUCGUCCUUCCAAUUGUUACCACAACCACACUCGGAGCCAGCGCCCUAAAAAAAGUUGCACCAUGGCUUACCGCUGCGCUCGGCAUUGUGCCCCAACCUAGUGUUAUUUGUCCUAUCCAUAUACUCUUUGUCGUUGUUCUACUGAUCAUCAUGGCUACCGUCUACCUUUCACUCCAUCGUAGAGCUGUAUACCUUGUUGACUAUGCUUGCUUUCGGCCAAGCUCCAACUUAAGAUUAACAAAGGCAACAUUCCUCGAGCAUGCGCGUCUCUCACCUUUGUUCGAUGAUUCUACAGUUAACUUCAUUGCUACUAUUCUUGAGCGCUCGGGCAUGAGCGAUCAUACAUGUGCCCCACCUGUGCAUCAUUAUAUACAUCCGUAUUGUGGGCUUGAUGAAGCACGCGCCGAAGUAGAGUUGGUCGUCUUCUCUGUCAUCGAUGACCUUAUGGCUAAGACACACAUCAACUGCGGUGCGAUUGGUGCUCUUAUCACGAACUGCGGUGCAUUUAGCCCGGUACCAUCCAUGGCUGACAUGAUUGUGAACAGAUACAAGUUGCGAGGUGAUCUUCGUGUCAUCAACCUCUCUGGGAUGGCGUGCUCUGCAGCGGUGACCUCAGUGGGGCUCGCAAGCAACAUGUUGCAGGUCAUGCCUUGGGGGUCGCAUGUGUUGGUGGUGUCGACGGAGACCAUUGGGCCAUCUUACUAUGGAGGAAAUAAGCGCUCCAUGCAGUUGGUUAACAUCUUGUUCCGCAUAGGCGGCGCUGCAAAGUUGUUGUCGACUUCCAGAUCCAUGGCUCGGUUUCGGCUUGGGCAUUUCACGCGGACGAUCACAGCGGCAAACAACGUUGCUUACCAGUGUGUUUAUCAAGAGGAAGAUGAGAAGGGCAACCUAGGGAUUGCUCUCUCUAAAGAUCUUAUGGAUGUCGCUAAGGAUGCACUCAAGGCCAAUAUAAUGACAACCGGGCCUCUUGUCCUACCGGCAUCAGAGCUUCUCAAGAUUUUGUUCUUCUAUGUGGCGAAAAAAGUGCUCCGUUGGAGGACGAUCAGGCCAUACAUCCCUAACUUUUCCGUUGCAUUUGAGCAUUUCUGCAUCCAUGUUGGUGGACCAGCAGUUAUCACCUCAGUACAACAUGGUCUUAAUCUAUCAGACAAGCAUGUUGAGCCAUCAAAGAUGACUCUGCAUCGUUUUGGAAACCAGUCGACCUCAUCGGUGUGGUAUGAGUUAUCAUACAUCGAGGCCAAAGGCUGGAUGAAAAAGGGAAACAGGGUGUGGAUGAUCGGAUUUGGUGCAGGGUACGAGUGCAACACUGUUGGGUGGGUGUGUAUACAACCAUCUUCAGGUAUGGAUGGACCCUGGGUUAGCUGCAUCCAUCAUUACCCGGUGGACGUCUCCAAGAAUGGUUAAAUACAUAUGAGUAAUUUGGUCUACUACUAGAUAAUCAAAUAAUAGGACAACACUAUUGCGUGUCCAAUACUUCUUGUGAGUUUUCCAAAAAUAUGAAAAUUCGUAAAUAUACAAGC